AUGUCGAGGAACCAGGAGCCCAUCGCCCUCAAUGCUAUCGAGACUAUAGCUCUUUACGGAUUCGCCGACACAAACGAACCCAUAGAGUUCCACAGAGGCGUGCCGUCGCGCGGAAACUCCGGCGUUUUCAGGCUUUCCGUGGUGGACCCUCUGUGCACUGAGGGAGAACCUCCAGCGCCCGAGGAAAGCACAUUAUACGCCGAACAUCCCGGCCACGAGCACCUCGAGCUCAAGCUGGGCUCGCUCCUUGAGUGCGGUCGUACCGGCUAUGUGCACGCUGUCAGCUGCGAGGGACCCGGAGCGCUAGACGUCCCAGAGCUUGUCGCCAAGAUCAGUUUCCCGCAUCUGCGUCCACGCCUUUCUCGCGAGGCAUGGAUCUAUGAAGACCUGCGGUCCCUUCAGGGCGCUGUCAUCCCGAGAUGCUACGGUUAUUUCGAAGCACAGAUACCAGAGGGCAUGGUCUUUAUGCAGGAGUGUCACCGCGCGAGGCGCGUUCCGAACCUGUCUGGUGAUUUCGAAGUGAUCGUUCCGAAUAUCGUCGGGAUCCUACUUCUUGAACGUCUUUCGAACGAACGCCUUCCGCUGAAUGUACGAUUCGGCAAAGAUUGGUGCAACGAGAUCCACGACCUGUACAAGGAGAUCAGCGAGUCCUUCGUGGACGUCAGAGACAUCGCUCACGGAAACAUCAUACGCGUCUCGAGAUCCCCACACGCUCUGCCAAGUUUACCUGGUCGCACAACCGGGAGGGUUUUCGAAUGGCGCGUCAUAGACCUCGAGGACUGCGUGAAACACACCGUUCCUCGCGAUUAUCAUAUGAUAAACUUUCAUACGCAGCACGUUGAUACGCUGCUCGGCUGCCUGCAGCGUGGUAUCACGAAUUUCUGCUGA